CAACUAUAAAAACUACUGCCCAUCUGGACACCUUAUCAAUCGAGCACCACACUCCUCAUCAACAUGUACUUUAAACUUGCAGUCGUCAGCAUCCUAGUGGCGGUGAGCCAUGCUGGACUGGUUGACGAAAACCAUGGCCAAGCCGUCUCCUCACAGAGCAUCGUCCGUCAUGACCAACCCGCCAAUGGUAUCGGCGCUGGACAGAUCAUUCACCAAUCAGCACCACAGCUUCAGCAACAUGCUAUACUGCAGCACAGCGGCCCUAUUCUCCAACACCUUGCCCCAGCUAUCCAAGCUCCAGUCGCUUUGGCACGCGCUGAUCAUAUUGAAGAGAGUGCUCCUGUACACUAUGAGUUCUCUUAUUCAGUAGAAGACCCGCACACCGGUGACCACAAGUCGCAGCAUGAGAGCCGCGAGGGAGACGUUGUGAAGGGAGAGUAUUCACUCCUGCAGCCUGAUGGCUCCGUAAGGAGAGUCGAAUACAGCGCCGAUGAUCACUCUGGAUUUAAUGCCAUCGUGCACAACUCUGCCCCUACGGCUCAUGCGGCUGCUGCACCAGUAGUCCAAGCGGCGCCUAUUGCCCACGCUCCCGUUCUCCACGCUGCGCCCAUUGCCCACGCGCCGGUUCUCCACGCUGCGCCCAUUGCCCACGCGCCAGUUCUCCAUGCUGCUCCGCUCGUCCACGCGGCGCCUCUUGUUCACGCUGCGCCCUUAGCCCACGCCCAACUUCUGCACGCCGCUCCGUUAUUUUCCGCGGCUUCGAUUCUAAGCAUCAGUCGUGUGUGGUCGUUCGGACGAAGCAAACCUAACAAACAGAAAAUGUUCACCAAAGCAACAGUGGUCCUGUCGGUGGUAGCCCUGGCAGCAGCGGGCGUGGUGCAACUCGGCCACGGCUAUGGAGGAGAGUCCUACGACCACGAAGCUGUCGCGUACGCACCAGUCGCACAGCUGUCGUACGACGGACACGCUGAUCAACACGUAGAUUAUCACGCACAUCCUAAAUACGACUACUCUUACUCCGUGUCUGACCCCCACACCGGCGAUCACAAGACCCAGCACGAAGUUCGCGACGGUGAUGUCGUGAAGGGAGAGUACUCUCUCCUCCAACCUGAUGGCUCCUUCCGCAAGGUCACCUACACCGCUGAUGAUCAUUCAGGCUUCAACGCAGUCGUGCACAACACUGCGCCCGCGCAUCAUGAAUACCACCACUAAACAUCUCUGGCGCAGGCCACAGCUUCCAUGUGAUAUUAAUAUGUACCUUAUUACUUACCUAGAUAGUCUUUAGUCGACAUUAACUUUUAAGACUGCGGCGAAAAUAAACUAUUAAAAAAUA